ACGAGAUAUCAUCUCGAACAGAGAGGGGUAGAAAAGAGCUCCUCAUCCUGUACAAUCUUGACCCAUAUCAAUCUCAAUUCACACGUCUCUUCUCGAAAUCAUAAUGUCGUCCUCUACUGCUUCCAAGAACCAGCCAUGGAAGGCGUUUUGGCCUCCUGCGGAGACCAACGCUGCCCAAGUAGAACUCACGCCCGAGGAGAUGGAUCUCCAGCGCUCUUACGGAACCCAUGCCUCGAACACCAAAGGCAAGAUCUUUGCCAUCGACUCUAAGACCCAACCAUGGAAGGCGUCCUGGCCCCCUGCGGAGACCAAUGCUGCUCAAGCAGAUCUCACACCCGAGGAGAUGGACCUUCAACGUUCCUACGGAACCCACGCCUCAAACACCAAGGGCAAGGUCUUUGCCAUCGACAACGAGCCAAAGUCUAACUAAGAUGACACCUUCUGCGAGUUGAAUGGACACUCACCCCAUACAUUCCUUCUGGCUGAUAGCAUAGAGGGUCCUGGAAUAGAUAGCAGGCUUCAGCAGGUGCCUUUAGGUAGUCUCUACAAUUCAACUAUCCCGGUUUCA